AAGCGCUGUGGCAGGGAAUAAAUAAGGUGAGCUGACGGGUGUUUUCGCAUUCACCAGUCAGCACACCGAUUUUCAACGGAGGUCCAUCAGCUUCCAACAAAAGAAGAAACAAAAUCCAAAAUGGCGCAGGCUGCUGAACCUGUGACAUCCGGGAACUCCACAGAAGUGGAAGGCAGAGAGUUGGUUCUGUUCUUGCUCGGGAAAACUGGUCACGGCAAAAGUUCUACUGGCAACACCAUCUUGGCGCGGCCGGCUUUCGAAACGUCGGACAACUCCGAUUCGGUGACGUUCUUCACCCAGUCCGGCUGGAGUCGCGUCCUGUCGCGGUUGGUGCAGGUGGUCGACGGUCCUGGGGUGUGCGAGACGAGACUGAGCCGAGGAGAGGCCGCUCAGAAAAUGAUCACCGAUAUGUCGGGGGGCAUUGCCCUCUGCCCCAACGGCUUCGACGCUCUGAUCAUCGUCUGCAGAUACGGGAUUCGCUUCACAGAGGAGGAGCAUGAAGCUGUGGAAUCACUGAAGUCGGUGUUCGGCGCCAACUUCAUCAGAGAUUUCGGAAUAGUUAUCUUUACCCACGGAGAUCAGUUAGACGCAAAUAACAAGAAACGCGGACGGCAACCCGAGACCUUUGAGACCUGGUGUCGCAAGCAGAGCGGGCAUGUGCGGAGUUUGAUGGACGAGUGCGACAACAGAUGCCUUCUUUUCCGCAACAUGGACGAGGAACCUGGCCAAGUGGAGCUGCUUCUACAAACAGUGGAAAGACUCAAGCAACGCGGAGUGCGCUACUCAAAAGAUAUGUUCCAUGCAGUCAGGGAUGAACAAGAACGCUUCAUAACGCGGGAAAACGCAGUCGCGCUGAGGGCAGAGAUUCAGAAAAAGAUCAGUCUGCUCCAAGACGGAUUGAAUCGCCUGCUUCUAUUGGCUGAAAAUACCAGUGACAUUGACCACUUAGAAAGCGCCUUUGAAUCUCUUCAGAAUGACAUCACAGCUUUGAAGAGCGAGAUCAAAAUCCACGAUAAGGGUACGGGGGUUCUGGACUCACUCAAAGACUGUCUUGAGAGCAUGGGACAAAGUUUACUUCUGAGAAGAGAAAGAAUGAGAGCCGCCAACAAGGCGAACAAGCUCCAGGAUGAGCUCGACGAUUUGAGAAUUCAAAUUCGGGAAAAUGAGAGGCAGCUACAGGAAGCUACCACCCAAAGCAAAAGUAGCAUUACGCCGCAAAUGGUUUUCAGUGCAAUAGCUGACAUCGCCAAGAUUAUCAUGCAAGUUGCGCCUCUGUUUACGGCAAUUACGAGCGGCAAUGAAGACCUCUCAGUGGGUCCCACUAUUUUAGAACUGUCCGAUUCUGAAUAGGUGGAAAAUCAGAGACCACCAAUCCCUGUACAAAGCACAGCCUUGGUGGAAUCGAAAGGUCUUGAGAUAGGAGCAAGUGUUUUGUGAGUCAUUUCGAAAGCUAAUACAAACAACAACAAAAAACAACAAAAAAGGAACAGCACAAACAAACAAAUUAACAGAUUUAUGACAACUAUUGCCCA